AUAGUCAUGUGUGAUCUUGUUUGAUUAUUAAUACUACCUCCGUCCCGUGAAACAUUUCCCCUUUCUUUUUUUAUCCGUCCCACAAAACACUUCUCAUUUCUAUUAAAAAGUCACUUUUACCCCUUACUUUUUCAUACCCUAACUAUCACAUCAUACCUUUUUACUAAUAAUCUAUCCAUCAAAUCAUACUUUUACCCAUCACAUCAAAGGACAUUUUUGGAAAUUCAAUACCAAAAUACACUCCCUUAAAUCCCUCCUAAAAAGCAAAUGUCCCAUGUUUCACGGGACGGAGUAAUAGAGGAUUGUAAUAAUAAGAAAUCAUCAUCACCAGAGGGAACAUUAGUGCCGCAGGAAGAAGCUUGCAGAACCCCGAAUUUCAUGAGAGGAAAUCUCAACAACAAGUUCUACGGAAUCCCGUUGACCGACUCCGCCCACGCCAGUCCCAGGCUGUCCCGUCUGUCCAUAGAAAACAUCCUCUCCGACCUCAGCAACAACGACGCCGCCACAAACGACUCCUCGUCGACGGCAACAGCAGGCGACCAGGGCGGAGACAUCGUGGGGCAGCUGAAGAGGCAGGUGCGGCUGGACCACAAGUCGCUGGCGGCGCUGUACGCGGAGCUGGAGGAGGAGAGGAACGCGGCGGGGAUCGCGGCGAACAACGCGAUGGCGAUGAUCACGCGGCUGCAGGACGAGAAGGCGGCGCUGCAGAUGGAGGCGCUGCAGUACCAGAGGAUGAUGGAGGAGGAGGUGGAGUUCGACCAGGAGGAGGUGGAGCUCAUGAGGGAGAUGCUGGGGAAGAGGGAGGAUGAGAUGAAGGCUCUCGAGGACGAGCUCGACGCUUAUCGACUCAAAUACGGGCCUUUAUCUGAAGAUGACGAUGAUGAUUAUCAAGAACUGAGGUCCAACUUCUUGCCCUCAUCAUUUAACGUGUCGGAAUGCGUCAGUCCUCGCGAUGAGGACGACGACGAUGAUGAUGAGGUGAUGAAGACAAGAUCAAAGUACCAUGAUGAUAAUCAUCGUUCCGAGCAUUUCUCAAGAAAUGAUGAUGACUCUCUUCGUCGUCUUUCCAGUCGUCCAUUGGGUGUUGGAGAUGAAGGAGAAGAAGAAGAAAAAACUGCUGAUUCAAUUCAUUGUUCUUGAUUAAUUAAUUAGAAGAAUGAUGAUGAACGUAACUCUACUUACCACGCACUGAUCAACGAACCAAGUUGGCUAUUGGCUGGCUAAUUACAAACAAAGGGAUAAUAAUUAGAAGGAGGAUAU